AUGGUCCCUAUCCCUCUAUUCCCUGCUAUUCAUGUAUCUGUCUCAAUGCCUCUAAAACAUUGCUAUUGUAUUUGCUUCUACUCCUUCCCUGGAAAAGUAAACUUGCCUCUCACAUCUCUAAACUUUUCCCUUCUUAAACCUAUGGCCCCUAAUAUUUGACAUUUCCAUCUUGGGAAAAAUACUCUGAUUACCCACCCUAUCCACUCUACAUACUUCUAUCAGGUUGUCCCUCAGCUUCCGACAUCCUAGCAAAUACAAUCCAAGUUUGUCGAACCUCUCCUUACAGCUUAAAACACUCCAAUCCAGGCAACAGACUGGUAAACGUCCCUCUACUCUUUUUCACCCCUCCACUUUUAAUACAGAGGUUUCCUGUAAUAUUGGGUCCCCAGCAUUUGUUAGUAACUUUCGGGUUCUGUUUUCUGCUUAAUUCUCUGUCAAUCUCAGUGACACUCGGGGAGUUCUGGCUGUGAGCCCUUCCAUGUUCUUUAAGCGCUCAGAAUUGCUCUGACCUCUCCUGGUGUUCUCCUUGAUUACCUCCCACCGAUCUGGCACUGAUUUACCGAGCGUAGUUUCUGGUUCACCUACAUUUUAGUAAAACUAGCUCUUUCCUGAUUGACAACUUCUAUUCCUCCCGUUUUUCAUCUUUGCCCUAAGUACCGUAAUUCUAACUAAAUUAUGAUCACUUCCACCAAAGUGCCCCUCAACUGAAAUCCCUUUUAACCAAGUCAGUUUCACUCCCUAAAACUAAGCCUUGAAUCUCCCUCCCCCUCAACUCCAUGCUGGAUUUAAGGAAGUUCUUCUGAAUGAACUUGAUUUUCAUGUUAUCCUCGUUGGAAUUCAGACAGUUGAACUAUUCCAUUCCGUCCCUGUUUGUUCUCAGGAGACUUGCCGACGCAUCCCCUCUACGACUUCCUCCAGGCUGCAGAAAUGACAAUGGCAACACAAACUCUCACAGUGAAGAUACUGUAUUGGUAUUUGCACAGUUCAUCUGUUCCCCUGCCGUGUCAAUCUGCUGCCAACUGUGACUUUGUCGAACGCAAGUUGGCAUCAAUUUAUUUCUAAGACGUUGUAUUUUGUUCAAGUGAAAUGAUUUACUCGGAGUGAAGCGUAACACAUUAAUUUCAAAAGGCGGUAAUUCUGCCAUCAGAGCCAGUUUCUAUUUGUCUCUCCCCGCCCCUUUUGUGGUUUCUGACUGGCGUCGCUAGAGGCGGGACGUUUUAGAGUUUCGUUUUCCUUGUUCUGACGGCUCUGUUUAUGUUGCAAUAAAAGAGAAAAGGUUUCGUUUUUGUACAUAUUAUUCUUCAGCAGGACUAUCACUGUGCAGGUUAAUGAUGAUUCUGGUUAUUAACUUAAUUUUAAAACUUGGCUCUUUGUGAUUGAAAUGAUUUGGAAUUUUAGGGUCGUUUUCAAAUUAUUUUUUGUAUUGCUCAUUCUGUGUUCAUGUCUCUGUUUUAGAGUCACAACAAAACCCCCAGUCUCGGCGAAGCGACAGUUACUUAUCGGGGGAUCUCUUGUUGAAAUUAUAGUGGCAACUUUAUGAAACGUUGUAGCGUUUGAGGAUUUUUUUAAUAUGAAUAUGUGAAGUCGUUACCUCUUGUUAGCGUCAGCCGAAUGAAUGUGGAGUUAAUAUUUUUCUUCUUUUGACAGUUGAAGCGAAGAUUGACAAACAGGAGGCUGGAGGAACACAGCAAGCCAGGCAGCAUCAGGAGGUGGAGAAGUCAAGGUUAGGGGUAUAACCCUUCUUCAGGACUGGGGGCAUUGACCUCAAGAGAGCCCUUCGAAGACAGUCUAUUUGAAACAAAAUGGCAGAGAGAAAUGAUUACCAACCAGAAGACAUUGACUGUUUUUUCUUUCAAUACCAAAGUCAGUGCGAAGGACAACAGUGCCGGUUUCUACAUAGAGAUAGCUGUAAGUUAUCAGCAGAUGUCUGCCUUGUGUGGCAUAAACAAAAGAGGUGCACAAAUAGCGACUGCCCCCAAAAACAUUUGAAUCAAGAGACCCUGAGGAGGUAUUUCUUAUGUGAUCAAGAGAAUUCAAAUGGUAACUGUAAGCGGGAAAACUGCCACAUGUACCAUGAGCGAGUCAGUUACAUCAAUGGAUGUUACCUUUCUGCAAAUAAAGUUCCAGUGUUACCUGAAGAGAGACGAAUUGAAUGUAACACAUUUAUGGAAAAAAACUACUUUGGGACGCAGAUGUCUCUGAAAAGUGCAAUGCAAUUUAUAAUGAUAUCUGUGAAAUUCAUCCAGCAUGCUGUAGGAACCAAGGAACUGUCCAGGGAAAGAGGAACUAAAUACAUUAAAGAGAUACUGCAUACGGUUCUGUUUCUAUGUCAUAUUAACGAUCCUUCUUUUGAACCACGAGACAUAUUUGAAGAAUCAAUGGAAUCUUGGUCGAACAAAGUUCCUGAUGUGUUUGAACAGUACAAAACACAUCUUCCAACGCGACCGCCUUACACAAUUCUGCUUGAAAUAGUGGUUGACUUGGAACAAACAAACAAUGCUGAAUCAGUUUUAAAUUCUCUGUCAAAACUAAAUGAAAAAAUGAUUGUGGAACAAAAUUCCCAAGAAGACAGGAGAUGUGGGAAUGUCUUUAGUUACGUAUCAUCAGUUGUCAGCUACUGUUUCCACCACAACUUGGCUACAAAACAAAAAACAGACAAUUAUUUUGGUGCCUCAGUUUCAUGCUUUGGAAGGCAUCAGAGAGAACUCAUGAUAGACAUAUUGUGUUACCGCACGUGGAAUGAAGAUAUUAGCCUCGCAGUAGGUAUGGCUUCAGAGACAACAAAUGCACAUCACCAACAGGCUAUUCAAUUCCACCCUAUCGUGGUUUCUAAGGCUUACCAAAUGAUGAGUAAUUCUAGAGCCCAGAGGAGAAUGCAUAUAGUAAAUGGCAAACGACAACAAUUCACUCCCAUAUCACCUUGUAGAAAAUGCCUGGAGAUGUUCCCAGCCAUAGGAUAUAAUCUACAACAACAAAACAAUGGCACUGUAUAUUGGCCAUAUGGGAAUUGUGCUGAGGUGGAAUCUUUAAGCAGGCUUCUGAAUGCCCAUGGGUAUAUUUGCAAAAGAACACCUGCUCCUCCAACAGAAAGACUCACCUGGGAAUUUCUUAAACAUAAAAGAAGAGGAAGAAUUAUACACAACUUAAAACUAUUUAAUUUUAAUUUUGGAAAUAAUAUUUUAUUUUACACAUCUGAUGACCUACAAAAUGCAGUUUAAUGAAGUUUGUCUUUUUGUGCAAAUGUUUUUCUGUAGAGUGUGUCUCACAAACUGUAAUGUUGCAGUAAUAAAAUGUUCAGAUGCCUUGAGUGUUCAAUACUAUAUUUUGAGAUACAGAAAACAAAUAGAAAUUCAUGUUUGAAGUUUAUAAUACCAUUUACAUAUAUAUUGGACUUUGGAAUUGUGGAGGUGGGGUCUUUGGAUAUGUUUAAGGUGGGGGGACUAAAUUGUCAUUAGGUAAGGGAAUCAACGAUUAUCAGGGGUGGAUGUGAAUGUGAAAUUCAAAACAUAAAUAGAUCAGCCAUCAUCUUAUUGAACAGCAGAGCAGACUAGUGGGACUGAAUGACGUCUAAUGACUACUGCUCCUAAUUCACAUGUUUGAAUGUAUGUUAAACCUGGAUGGAUUUCUGUGUUACAACAAUUAUCAGCAUUGCAUUUAGUUACAUUUAUUUGAAAGUUGUGUUCAUGGUCAAUAAAUUGUUAAUUUUAAAAAUGUGUAUAAUUUUGUAAAUAAAUGCAAAAUACAUAUUCAACAUUAAUUACCUGAA